GGAUAAGUUUUCAACAUUUACUGCGAUAAAACUGGGUUUACGAAAACAUUCGACUGAUUUUUGUUUCUGACAGGAAGUGGGCUUAUAAAUCUUGGGUCCGAUAUACUUUUGUAGCCUUACAGCUUGGUAAAGUUUGAUCGAAAUAAGCUGCACAGCAUCUUAAAGCCCACAUAUCUAGGUGGGUGGUUGGUGAGUCAUCUUCGGAUGACUCUGUGGAUAUUUAUACCCAAAUGAAGAAUGCUGUGAGAUGUCCUGAAAUCAAGCAGUUUUAGGUAGGGAACUAGAGAAAGAAAAGAUCCUUCAACAAGGCAAGUUUGAUCCAGAGGGGCUUGGGCACAGAGAACUUUCUUUUUUAAAGAUUGUUUGUGGCAGUAUGAUAACACAGUGCUCUGCAAUUCUGUAAUGAGUGUCUCUUUCUAGUGACCUAAUAAGUAAUGUUGCCGAAUUAGGUAUACGACAGUGUUCUAUUGCGUCCCCUGUAAUACAGUCUCACUGAUUUUCACUGAGGUCAGCCGAACUUCAUUGGUAGCCUUGGUGUGGUGAAGGAGAUUUGCAUUUAGGUCUCAUUUAGGCAUGACCCAUUGGGCAUCCUGCAUUAGUUCCUCAUUAAUUCAUCAGGAUUUUGCUGUGCAUUUUGGGUGAGGGUAUCUUUUGAGCCUUUUUUAAAGAUAUUGUUAUGUCAUAGAGAGGGUGGUAGGGGUUACACUGUAGUCGUGGCUUGAUAAUGCAUUGGACUGAUUUGGAUGAGAUUGAGAAUAGGUUAUGUUGAAUUUAGUGGGUUGGAUGUCCGCAAUGUCAGUUCUCUGAAAAUGUGAAUGUGAGGACUAUACGGAAAGUCCUGAUUGAAAUCAAUACCAGGAUUUUUGCUGGUCUGAUGUGUACAUUAUUCAGUUUAUCUCUGUGAAGGGACGAUAAUAAAGAAUAUAAAAUAAUCGGGUGAUCGGAAUCAGUAGAAGGAGAUCCUAUAUUGUAAAGAGAGCACACAAUUUUAAGCUUCAGCCCUUCUCGGUGGCUGAGACAGCUGUGAUAUUUGUAGUUUUAUAAAGACGCAAUUAAAAUCAUAUUAUUUCAAUGGGUAACUCCCUGGGGUGCUCUGCAUCAGGGGAACGCUUGGUAUCUGCUGCAAGAGAUGGGGAUUUGAUGGAGGCUCGCAUGCUUUUGGAUUUCAAUCCCUGUUUGGCCAGAUAUUCUACCUUUGGUGGACUGAACUCGCCUCUUCAUUUUGCAGCUGCUAAAGGCCAUAGCGAGAUUGUAAAUUUGCUGCUCGAGCAUGGAGCUGAUGUGAAUUCUAGGAAUUACUGUGGUCAGACAGCUUUGAUGCAAGCUUGUAGGUAUGGGCAUUGGGAAGUUGUGCAGACUCUUCUUCUGUACAAAGCAAAUGUUACAAAAGCAGAUUACCUCAGUGGUAGGACAGCCUUGCACUUUGCAGCAGUAAAUGGUCACACAAGAUGCAUCAGGCUUGUUGUUGCAGACUUUGUACCCAGUGCCCCUUACAAUUUGAGUGUGUCUUCGCCUUCUGGCAAAAAGGAUGAUGCCUCACCUAUAGGACGCCUGUUUGAUUUGAACGCACUUUCCAAAUUUGUGAACAGGGCAGCAGAUGUUGGGAUUACAGCUCUUCACAUGGCUGCACUUAAUGGGCACUUUGAUUGUGUGCAAUUGCUUCUUGAUCUGAAUGCAAAUGUGUCAGCUGCAACAUUUCAUUAUGGCACUUCAAUGGAUCUGAUAGGAGCUGGAAGCACUCCUUUACAUUAUGCAGCGUGUGGAGGCAAUAUACAGUGCUGUCAGAUUCUAAUAGCACGAGGCGCUAGUCGAACAACUUUGAAUUGCAACGGAUGGAUACCACUUGAAGUGGCUAGAAUAUGGGGUCGGCAUUGGCUUGAGCCACUGUUGUUGCCUCACUCAGAAUUAAGUCUACCACCUUAUGCUCCAUCAAGCUUUCUCUCACUCCCUCUUAUGAGUAUACUAAAUAUUGCCAGGGAAUAUGGAUUGGAAGCAAUGAAUACUGCCAGUGAAGAUAGUGAGCCUUGUGCAGUUUGUUUGGAGCGCAAUUGUACUGUAGCUGCCGAAGGUUGUGGCCAUGAACUUUGCACAAAAUGCGCUUUGUACCUUUGCUCGACAAACACUGCUAGCUCUACUAGUGCAGAUCCUCCUGGGUCCAUAUCAUGCCCCUUUUGCCGUCAAGGCAUUGUUUCCUUUGUCAAGCUGCCUGGUUCACCCUCAAAAGAGCUUAAGUUGAACAUUACCCUUGGAUUGUGCACUCCUUGUGCAGCAGAUGUCUGUGACUCAGAUUCAGCAUCUAGCCCAGUAGGUCAAUCUGAGUUCCAUAAAAAUAGGGAUUCGUCUGUAUCUUCAGAUUCAUUUUGUAGCGUGUCUUGUACUCCUUUCCCAUCUGUUAGCCUACCUUUGUGUGCAUGCAACAAUGAACCUGGCUCUUCACUUGAAGCUAGACAGGAAACAGGAAGUUCUCAGCAAGCGCACCCGCCUGGGCAUGAUGCCUCAGCUGUGAAUCCAAUUUCCUCUGAAAAUGGUUCUGAUUCUUCUCUUGAACAUAAGGAGGCAGUUAGCCCGAGGGUACAGAAAGCAAGCUGCUCAAAAAUGCUGUUUUGGAGCAGGAAGAACAGUCAAAGAGAGAAGCCUGGAGAGCAACCUUGCAACUCCGAAAUAAGUGUUUGAUUUGUUUGUUCUGUUAUAGUUGUCUUCUAGGGGCGAGUAGUGAUCCAUGAUUGUAUAUUAUUCAAUUCUGUACAAUUUACAUUCAUUUUUUAUGACUUCUGUCCAAAAAUUGCGCCUCUAGCCUCUUUCUUUCCAAAUCCGACAUAUAAUCAGCUAUCUGCAUCCUUUAAUAUUCUUGAUGUAUAAACUGGCACUGUAGUGCACAGACGUGUUCCAUACUUGUGGUGAAAGAGAAGAAAGAUUACAAUUAGGGACAGGCAUCCACUUGAUCCUUCGCAGGCAGAUAUGAGGGUACCUUUGAUUGGCUUCUACUAAGCUGUUUACAAAGAUGUUGGAUAUGAUUCUAUUUCCUUGAUUUGGAAAAGAUGUUACUAGCUGUAUCAUAACGCCAAGUGGGAAACCAUAGUAAUGAUCAAAUAUAAAAGAAAGCUUGAUCAUUGAAUCAAAA